UGUGGAAGUUCCCCGACACCUCCCGCCGCCUUUCCCCUGCUCACCUUGAGGAGCCGCCGCUAUCUAACGGGCGCGGCGGGAGCGGAGCCCGGCCCCCCCAGGGCGGACCGUUACCCGCCCACAACCCCGGCGGGGACGGGUUCAGGGCGCUGACAGGCCUCGCAGCCCGCCCCCGCCAUCUUAGGCCGCUAAGCAGCGGGAGGGGGCGGCGGGCCCGCGGCGGGGUGCCUCGCCGCCUGAGGGGAUGGCGGCGGCGGGCAUGGCGGCUUGGACGUGGCUCCUGCGGGCCCCCACCGCCACCGAGCUGCUGCUGGCGGCCCUGUGCUGGCUGAGCUGCUACUGGCUGCUGCGGCGGCCCCGGGCGCCGCCGGGACUGCCGCCGGGCCCGGAGCCUUGGCCGCUGGUGGGCAACUUCGCCUUCGCGCUGCUGCCUCCGCCGCUGCUGCGGAGAUGGGCAGUGGAGGUGAGGGGCGGUGGCAGGGGCUGCCCCGCCUUCUCCCCCCACGUCUUCCUCACCGGCCUCACCAAGCUGUACGGCGGCGUCUUUCGACUGUUCGUAGGCAGCCGGCCCUUCAUCGUCCUGAACACCUUCGGGGCAGUGCGGGAGGCGCUGGUGCAGAAGGCGGAGGUGUUCAGCGACCGGCCCUCCGUCCCCAUCGUCCUCAUGAUCACCCGCAAGAAGGGUGUUAUUUUUGCACCUUAUGGCCCUGUCUGGAAGCAACAGAGGAAAUUCUCUCUUUCAACACUGCGUCAUUUUGGAGUAGGAAGACUCAGCUUAGAGCCAAAAAUCAUUGAGGAGCUGAAGUUUAUAAAGGAGGAAAUGCUGAAGCAUGGAAAAGAUUCAUUUAAUCCCUUUCCAAUAAUUCGUAAUGCAGUAUCCAAUGUUAUCUGUUCCAUGGCCUUUGGCAGGCGUUUUAACUACGAAGAUACUGAGUUCAAGACAAUGCUAAAGAACAUGGCCCGUGCCCUAGAGCUAAGUGUGAACCGCUAUAUGAUCCUGGUCAAUAUCUGCCCUUGGCUGUACUACCUUCCCUUUGGGCCUUUCUGGGAACUUAGGAAAACAGAAUUAGAUAUUACUGCUUUUCUAAAGAAAAUAAUUGCACAGCACAGGGAUACACUGGAUGCAGCAAAUCCCAGGGACUUCAUUGAUAUGUACUUCAUCCAUGCAGAAGAAGAAAAAAACAACAAAGAGAGCAGUUUUAAUGAAGACUACCUGUUUUUUAUCAUUGGUGAUCUCUUCAUCGCAGGCACAGACACUACUUCCAACACAUUACUGUGGUGCCUGCUCUACAUGUCUCUCUACCCAGAAGUACAAGAGAAGGUUCAUGCAGAAAUUGAAGCAGUUCUAGGACAUGACAAAGUUCCCUCUCUUACCCACAAGGCUCAAAUGCCCUUCACAGAGGCAACCAUUAUGGAAGUGCAGAGGAUGACUGCUGUUGUUCCCCUUUCUAUUCCUCGAAUGGCCUCAGAAACCGCUGUGCUGCAGGGAUAUACUAUUCCUAAGGGCAGUGUGAUCGUGCCCAACUUGUGGUCAGUACACAGAGAUCCUAACAUUUGGGAGAAACCAGAUGAAUUUCAACCAUCAAGAUUUCUGGAUGAAAAUGGCCAACUAAUUAAGAAAGAGGCUUUCAUUCCUUUUGGAAUGGGUAAACGUGUGUGCAUGGGAGAGCAGUUGGCAAAAAUGGAGCUGUUCUUAAUUUUUGCAAGUCUAAUGCAAAGCUUUACAUUUUUGUACCCUGAAAAUGCUGCAAAGCCAUCUAUGGAUGGAAGGUUUGGUCUAACUUUAGCUCCAUGCCCAUUCAACAUAAUAGCUUUGAAGAAAUGAUACAUCAAAAAAGAUUACACAAAGAAAUACUGCACUUUUAAAAUCCAGCUUUAUUUUGUUUCCAGCUUAUUUUCUUACUUUCUUCCCAGAAAAACACCAACUGCAUAGGCUUUCAUAGUCAGUGAGAAUGAUCCAUUUGCACUUCUGGAAAGAGAAGAAUUUUUUUUGGCUGCUGUUGCAUUCCACAAACAAACAACGGCAUAGUUUGCAAUUUGAUAUUAAAACUAGCUGGGCUUAACCCCUCUGUCUAUAAGCUCUUACUGUCAGUUUGUCAAACGUUAAUUAUGGGAGAAUGGUCCAAAACAUGUAUUGAUGUUUUAGAAAAUAGCAAUUUUUAUUUUGGUAAAAACAGUAUGUAAACAUUUAUUUUACCAAAUGAGUGAAGGACAUCAUCUGAUACCAAAAGGAUUAAUGAGUGAGAGGGUAUUAGCAUUUUCUGUGUAAAGAAACAUUGUAACUGAGCUUAACUAAUAGCAAAUUGUUUUUGGAAAUUACUAAAUGACACUUCUUUUAACUUUGGAGGUUACUUCUUACAAGUAACUCACAGGUUUAGACUGGAUCUAAUCAGUGUGGAUUCCUGGAUCCAGACAUUCUUGGCUAUCAGUGCUUGCUAUAAACAAGCAGGUAUCAACUCUGAAAACUCAGGCUUGGAGGACUAAUGAAUCCUUGAAUAUACCAUGUUCUUAACAUGAAAGCAGUGUGGAGCAUCUGGAUGCAGAUGUUCUCUCUCAGAAUAUAAAUGAGAGCAGAUUUCUCUAACAAGAAACAGCAGAAGUCUGUACUCUCUGGUGCCAAGCAGGUAUUCCAGACAUCUGUGCUGCCACUUCGCAUUUGUGGUUUUCCCCACAUCAGCAGUGGUUGCAGUGUGGAUGAGACCAACAGCCCAUUCAUUAGGGAAAACUAUACAUGCAUAAUCCUGACACUGGGGCUUGCACUUGUUUUUUUCACUUACAGGAAGUGUGGACAGUACUGUCACAACCUGUUUGGAUUUGGGAACUGGAGUUUUACUUCAAAUAUGGCAUUAAUAUGGCACUGCACAUGUGGAUCUUGCACUUUUAGGCAUAGAACAGGAGGAAUCUGACAAACUUGACAUUCGAGUAUAAAGACUUUAUCUUUCGUAUGGAGUACAAAGAUCUGUAGUUCAUACGGUAUUACUGUAUCAGCACCUUACUCUUUUCACAUGCAAAAUUCUAGUUCUGUUCACCACUCUCAAACCAAUUACCAAGGAAGCCUACUGCUAGGUGUUUCACAAGGGGGCACUCAGUCUUUUAUUUGAAAGAUUUUUUCAAACAUUGAAAGCAAUCUUUUGAGGGACAUGUGACAAAUCACCUUUAAAUAAUUGUUCUUCAUCAUCUUUAGAUCACUUUAUAUACACCUUUUUAUCUAGCAGUACUUCAUAUGACAUGAAGUAAGUAUGUAAGUAUUCUUUUAAGGAGAUACAUAUUUUUUCCACCCCUCAUUGAAGAUCUAGAAAAUAUCUGCAGUCCUUCUAAUGUCAAGUUUACAAGACUGAAAUGUAAAAUGGAAUUGGGAAUUGCAUAGCAGAAAUUAAGUCUAAAUUGUAAAGGAAGAAUUGACUCUUCAGCUUUAAGUUAACCUCUGGUUUUGUCACUUUUUAACUUGGAAGUUUUAAAAGCCAGGUAGUGCCUAGCAAAAACUGUACCGUAGUUAUUUUGAAUUUAAAUUAAUGUUUCCUGUUAUGUGUUUUGAAUAACAUAGUGUCUUAAUUUCUGGAUGAUGUGUUUGGUUGGUCGGGUACCCCACUAUUUGUGUGACAACUUCCAGUUCAUAUAUAGGCUAACUUACGACUUCAGAGGUUAGCCCUUGCUCAUGUUAAAACUUUUUCUUUGGGGUUUUCAAAAAUGUCAUACGUAGCAUGGUAAAAGUUGAGGUUUGUGCCAAUGCUAGUAAACUUGCACUAAGCACUGACAGUAUUGGAGUAAUAAGCACUUAUUUCUUUAACUUUCUAUUUUUCAAUGGAUAAAUAGAUUUUGUACAGUUGGGAUUUUUGUCUGGAAGUCCUUGAAAUGGUGUAUGCUUAAUUGCGAAGCUAAAAGUGUGUGCUAAUAAUAUUUAUCUUUCUGUUGAAAUGCGUCUUUCAGCCACAUGAUGAUGUGUGCAACUGAUCGCUCAUGUAAAAUACAUGUCCUUUUAAUCAAUGAGGACACAUUUGAAAAGCACUUUAGUUUUUUUUACAGAUUCCAAAGAAGGCACAAUGCCCAUAAUCCCCUAGGUGUGGAAUUGUACAUGAUUGUGCUUGUUUUGCCUGCUGGAUUUAGUUUAAAAUGUCACCUUUGAAAACUAUCCUUUCAAAAUUAUCCUUCUACAAGUAGCACUUUGAGAAUGUGGAUUUUGGUGAUACCUAUCAUCAAAAUGCUGCAUAGUGCAACGAGAUGAAACUACUGAUGUGAAGGAGCAACCAUGUCGAUGUCUGCCAGAAUGCAGGAUGCUGUUGGGAGUGACAAUAAAGACCAGCCUUUCAUGCCUUCCAGAUGCACUGAAACUUUCACAGGAUGCCAUGAGAGUAGCUAAACAACAGCAUAAAACCAGUGAAAUAUUUGUUGUUUUAGAAGUGUGUUACCAUCUUUGGUAAGCUGUAAGUAAAAGUGGUAGCAGAUUUGGGUUGUGUUUGUAAAUGUAUCCUUCCCCUCCCUUUUUUUUGGCAGAGGAAGCAUCUCGAAUGCCUUGUUGAAAAAAAAAAUGUAUGUUUAUAUAAGUGAAUGGCUAUUUCUGAAUGCUGAAAAUGUCUUUAUUUCUAAAAGUGACUUCAGACUUAACUUCAGUGUAAUUUUAUUUUUAAUAAAGUAAUUUCCAAGUAAGUUGUUUUAAUGAA